AUGAUGUCUCGAUGGUUCCGCGACAAAGACUCCAACUUCGACCUCAUCAGUGUAAUCUAAUCAUCUUCAACCCCCACCUCUUCAUUAAUCUUUCUCCUUAAGGAAUGCACUGACCUGCUCCCUCAAUCGCUCGUCGAUGCUCGUCUUCGUCACGGAAUCGCGCGUCUCAUCUGGGAUAAAUUCGUCGGCGCCGCCUUCCAAUCCGUCGUUCAGUUGGUCGAGAAGACAGGACGACGUCCGAAAGACAGAGAGAUGCGGAAAGAAGUCGGAUUAGGAGAGGCGAAACUGGAAGAGUUUCUGGUGCAAUGCGAGAAGUUACUCGACAUUCUGAUGGAUUCGGUGCGAGAUUUGCCAAUGCCGAUUGAAUUCAAACAGGAUUUGCUUAUUGAGGUGGGCAGCUGAAGGGAUAUUUUUCAAAUUAUCAGAUUAUCUAUCCAGAUGUCGUACUCUUCCCUCGCCGCUCAUCUGCAUCAAUCCAAGAGUGCUCCCCGUCAAGAUCAGCUCUCUUCUCUGGCCUCCCGACAGCCACUCGUCAACUUCCAUUUGGUCCUUCAUCACCAGCAUUUGGCCCUGGCUCUCCGUCUCCAACUCACUGUUGGCCUCCGAUUCCAUCCUCUUCGCAAUCUUUUCUGCGUCACCGGCAAUCGAGCAUUCUUCGCUCCACUCGACUCACAUCCCUUGAUCCCGCUAGACAGAGUUGACGAUGCUAUUCUGGAAAAGAGGCACGCAUUUCUGGUGAAAGUUGCCGAGCAAGGAAGCAUGGAGGAACGACGACUGGCAAGAAAUCUGGAGAUGGAAUGGAAUUUGACUGUCAACGAAAUCUCGUUCAUGGUAAGAAUCAUUGAUCCGUUUCGGUUCUUUGAACUUAAGUAUUUCAGCAAGCACUGUCUUCGUUCCGUCUCGGAAAUGACCAACAGGGGACUCAGGAACUGGCAACGUGCGUCCGGGAUGACCGAUCCGCCGUCGCGUUGGCGAGAGUUCUGGCCGCGAGACUCAUCCACUUGGCGACGGAGACCAACAAAAGGUUCAACAGCGCGCAUUCGCAGUACCUGUGUGCUCUGGCCGGAGAGGAAUCCGCUCGCGUCGAACUGUACGAAGGCUCCGAAGACGAUCCGAUGAAAGAGAGGAAUCCGAAAACGUGGCAGGAAGCGGUGACGUCACUCGGAAGAGCAGCCAACUCGCUCCCUCAAUCGGCGCAGGCCGCCAUCCCGUUCGUUCGGAUGAACGACAUCGCAAAAGUGUAUUUCGGAGCUCAUUGGGUCAAUAACUAG